ACCAGGAGAGUGGAUGAUCGAGUUCGAAUUUCAUGGGUACGAUUCGAGUGGAUUAAAAUCAAAUUUAAAAGACUAUUUGAACGAUGUUGCAAGAAGCAGAGGAAGCAACGGAUUAACGGAAAACGAAUCAAAAAAAAUAAUGAGCCAGCUAUUGCUUGCAUGUAACCACUUGGAGAACUAUGGGAUUUACCAUCGCAAUUUAAAACUAGACAGUAUAGUCAUCGGCACUGAUAACAGUAUUAAAUUAAUCGACUUUGGUUUGGCAAUCAAAAUGAAGGAAAUGAACAACAUAUUGAGAAGGUUGGAUCAAUUGUUCCACCUGAAAUGUAUGGCCACGUUACUUAUAGGCCAUCGACUGCGCAAAUAUGG